GAAGUUAAUUGAGAGACAAGUGACUGAUACGCUUGUGUCGGGGUUCAAACACAAGCAUUGUUCAACAGCUGAAGACAGGAGCUACUAAUCACUUGUUAGACGAAGAUCUGACAGGUCUCUCGUGUUGGUGGAAACAUGAGUUGGAGCUUCUUGACACGUUUGCUUGAUGAAAUCUCCAACCAUUCCACUUUUGUGGGAAAGAUCUGGCUCACUCUGCUUAUUAUCUUCCGAAUUGUUCUGACAGUGGUGGGUGGUGAGACCAUCUAUCAAGAUGAACAGAGCAAGUUUGUGUGCAAUACACAACAGCCUGGUUGUGAGAACGUGUGCUAUGAUGCUUUUGCCCCUUUAUCCCACGUUCGAUUUUGGGUUUUUCAAAUCAUUAUGAUAACCACUCCAUCCAUUAUGUACCUCGGCUUUGCCAUGCACAAAAUUGCUCGAAUGGCCGAUGAUGAAUAUCGACCACACAAACGCAAACUGCUGUCUAUGGUUCAUCGAGGAAUGAGCCGUGACUAUGACAUGGUAGACGAGAUGAGUGAAGAAGUUCCCAUGAUCACAGAAGAGAUUGAGCCCUCAGAGAAGGACAAAAAAUCAGCAGCUCCAACCAAGACUACCGCUGCUUCUGAUGCUGCUGUGAAACAUGAUGGCCGACGCCGCAUCAAGAGAGAUGGUCUCAUGAAGGUGUACGUGUUACAGUUGAUCUCUCGUGUUGCCUUUGAGAUAGCCUUCCUCUUUGGCCAAUAUAUUCUUUAUGGUUUUGAGGUCUCUCCAUCCUACAUUUGCACCCGGAGCCCUUGCCCACAUACUGUGGAUUGCUUUAUCUCACGUCCCACUGAAAAAACCAUCUUCCUGGUCAUCAUGUAUGUUGUCAGUGUACUCUGCCUGGCACUGACUGUUUUGGAAAUCCUGCAUCUGGGGAUUGGUGGUGUAAGGGACUCUCUUCGUAGUAGAGCAAAUCGGAGACUCCCUGUUCAUAGGCCAUCCACAUCCACCAUCUGUCACCGCCUUCCCAGCGCUCCACCUGGAUAUCAGGCUGUCCUGAAAAAGUACUCCUCAGGCAAGCUGAAGGCUGAGUUCCUGGCAGACUCGGGACGGGAGUCACUGGGUGAUGACAACACUACUCGUGAUCUAGACCGUCUGCGGAGGCAUCUUAAAAUUGCACAGCAACACCUGGACCAGGCCUACCACACUGAGGAAGUAGGGGCUUCGCACAACAGCGGGCCUGACUCUAAAAGCAUUGCUGCUGAGCAAAAUCGACUCAACCUAGCGCAGGAAGGCUUUGUCAACACUGAGGCGAAAGUUUUUAAAGAGGCUCAUGCUUGAAGCAAGUUUUCCAUCUGGCUCUCCUUCAAACAAACCAAUUCCCGGCCAAGACGCUAAUGUCGGAGGGCAGAGCAGUUGACAAGAUUUUUUUUGUCUCUUCAUUUAAUGGUACAACUCAAGGCUGAGAUGCAAACGAAGAAGAGAAGUUACUCACAAGAUCUUUUUACAUGUUCUUCUAACUGCAUAUCUUGAAUAUAUUUUUUACAGUAUUACAACCAUAGAUACAGUAUUUAAUUACUAGAGAAAUACCAGAUGUAACAACCAGCACUACUGUACCAUUUUCUUUACGAGUUAUAUUUGCCAUUGUGUUUUGUAAAAACUGCACAAGUACAAAGACUCAUUCCAUUUACGUUUGUCUUAUUACUAGAUAUUGUCUGUCUUAGCUAAUUGUUGUAAAGUGAAACUUUCUGCCAAAAUUGACAAGUCUUCCUUAUCAGAUCAUUGCAAAGAAAGAUCUGUCCUGGUGUGAAAAAGUUAGGUCACUUUAUAAAUGUAGUCUAAUUUAACUGUAUGGUCUGUUAUUUUUGAAAUGUGUGUCCUGUGUAAAUAUUGUUUGGAAAGGGAAGAUGUUUUUUUUUUUUUUUUUUUCAAGGGAUGAAAUUUUGUAUGUGGCUGGUAUUGAUUAUGCAGAUUGAGGACAUUGUAUUUAUAAAUUAUAAAUAAAACUUUUGCAAUA